AUGGGUGUUUGCGAUUUCGCUGUUUUUAUUUUAAAUGAAUUAGUAUUAAUAACGGAAGUAAAACGUCCAAAAUGUCUUGGCGCAUGUGAAUGUCAUGAUGAGAAAUGUAAAGAAAAUCGUGAAGAAUU